CACACUCGCGGCUCUAGGAAUCGGUUUCUUCAUGGUAGCGGUGCACGUAUGAUUUAUAAAUCGUAUACGCGACGACAGCCUGUAGAAAUAGCUGGGAACGUUAACGCGGCGUUAGGCCGCAAAGAUGCAGCGAAUCGAUAGUCCGCAGUCAUGCUCACCAAGGCUGUAGGAGUCUCCAUUUGGAUUUUACUUUCGUUUUCGUAUUUUCGAGUCAGUAGAGCCACGGAGCCCGAAGAAGACUCGAACGCCUACUGCGACGACGAGUACCGAGCCAAGUACAUAGUGACCAAGUCCCUCUUCUCUUCGGGUCAGAAAGCCCCGGAAGCCAAUUACGGCAUCAGCAGUAGGUCUCACGGAACCGCCGCUCACCACGACGGCUACGGUGCGUUGACCGGUAUCAAGAAUGCCAGUAGUCGGGAUAACGACAGCGAUUACGACGAGACCGGCGAUAACGAUCACCGCCAAGAUCGGCCGACGAACAACAGAAGAUCGCUAGCAGCCGGUCAUCAGCGAUCGUCGAGCGACGAGUCCUCGACUCUGAAGAGUAUCACCGGUAACAGUAGCAGCAGCGAUGAUCAGACGAAGCGUCGUCCGAUAUCGAUCCUGAUCAAGGCGGUGAUCGGUAUCGAACUCAAGCGAUCGGGAUCGAACGAGCUAACGAUGGACUUCGAGAAGAGCAGGAGAAAGAGGGCCGUCGAGGUAUGGGAAGGCGAGAACACCUGCAGACCCGGCCGGAGGGUCAUCGGUGGAUCAGCUGCCAAGGACAUCGAGGACCUUCCGUACAUGGUGUUCGUCGACAGCGGCUGCGGAGGCUCGGUGAUCGGCGACUCCUGGGUUAUCACCGCUUCGCACUGCAUCAAUCCGGACGGACCGGUUUACGUUUACGCGGGCAGUCUGAAGCUUCACGGCGGAUGCAGGCACAAGAUCGAGAGGAUCGUCAAGCACCCGAAUUACGACGAGAAGCUCUUCAUCUUUGACAUAGCGCUGCUCAAGCUCUUUCAGCCCCUGAUAUUCUCGCCGGCCAUCAAGGCCAUACCGAUGUCGCUGGAUACGCCGAGACCCGGCGAUUGCGGUAUGGUUUCCGGAUGGGGUGCCACAAUGCUGAACGGCACGAUGGUCUACGAUAUGAGAGCGGCCCUCAUCCCGGUGGUGGCCAAAAGGCGCUGCAGUAUGUUCAAGAACAUCGGCGUGGGCCAAUUCUGCGCCGGUUUCCGAGACGCUCAGUCGGACACCUGCCAAGGAGACAGCGGCGGGCCGUUCGUCGUCAAGGGCAGCAUCGUCGGCAUCGUCUCCUACGGCUACAAGUGCGCCAUUCCCGAGACGCCCGGGGUCUACGUAGACGUUGCCUAUUUUCGCAGGGUGAGAGAUUUUAUCCGCAAGCUUCGAGCAGUAGUCUCACUGACAGCGCUGAUAAUGGCUACUGUGGACCUUAGUACGAUCAAGAUUGAAAAAAGGGAGCUCCAUGUUCCCACGCUGGAGGAAGUUAAAAAUGUUUUUCUCAAGGCCUUGAAAGAAAACUUUGAAGAGGCUGAAGUCGAAGUUGUCGACUGUCCAGAUUUGACUGAAGAGCCGUUUACCUUGGCUGCUCCAGGCCUUGGAGGCAGACUCAAUAUUAUUGAAGUUGGUGGACCUUCAUUCCUGCUUCCAUCUGUCCAGAAAGACAAAGUUUAUGAUGUCCAGCCUUUGCUCGAAGAAAUUAAGUACGGAGAUAGGGCAUUUGUCGCUGGUGCAGGCGCAGGACCUUGGCCAUAUAAAAACAGCAACUGUGAAAUGAUGAUGAAUGUCAUGAUUAACUCCAGCAAGCUGAAAAAUCAAACUCGCAUCGCUACUGUCAACACAGAAGAUGAAACUUGUGUUUUGGAAACAUUAAAAGGAAAUGAAACCCGAUUUGCUCUUUUAGCUAAUUUGUUUCUCUGUGAGGGAAUCACUGGAAAAGUACUCAAAGUUCAUGCUAAGAAAAGGAUCGGCAAAAAAGAUUUCAUUGCUACAAUGCAGCAAGCCUUGGCUCAGCAUUAUACUGAUAAGCUUGUUGGUCUAGGAGGAUCGUUUGUCAUGAAAGAAGGAAAAGCCAAACAGCACAUUAUGUCAGAUUUUUCUGAAAAACCAUUGAACAGUGUUAAGGAGUUGGAUGACUGGCUUCACUACUAUGAUAUGUCAGCACCUCUGAUAGCAGUUGGAACAUUUGUCUCUGCCGAAACAGAUUUAGAUCUACGAGUUCAGCACUUCCACAGUUUCUCUCAUCAUGGCGAAGGUGGACAUUACCACAUUGACACAACACCUGAUACAGUAGAAUACCUGGGCUAUUUUAAUCUUGGUGAAGUUUUAUAUCGAGUGGAUAAACCUCCAAUGGCUCUCCAGUUUGGAAAAGACUAAACCUGUUGAAGAAGCAACAUGAUGUUUCUAAGAAGUUAAUCUGCAAAAAUAAUUUAAACAAGAUUGAGGUGAUAAGAUACUCUGUGCCUAAAAUGUCAUUCCAUGCAAUAACAAUAUUCUAAAAAAACUGUGAUUUCCAUUCCAAACUUUAUACAAAAAACUUUAUCAUGUGAAUGACGAAUCAAGAAAAUAAAAUUAAUUAUUCUUGUAUUAA